CAACUCUAUCUAUCGAUCUACCAUUGGAUCACAGUUCGAACAACUCGAAUUGUGACCGGGGUUAAGUGAUCAAUCAGAUAUGGAGAAGGUGGCUAGGAUGGUUUCUGAAAACAGGGUGUUGAUCUUCAGCAAGAGCACUUGUUGCUUGAGUUACACUGUCCUGGUGCUGUUUCAAGAACUUGGAGCUAACCCUGUGGUUCAUGAACUAGAUCACGAUCCAGACGGUAGGGAGAUGGAGAAGGCACUGAAGAGGCUCGGGUGCAAUGCACCCGUCCCUGCAGUUUUCGUCGGUGGAGACCUGGUUGGCUCCACUAACGAGGUCAUGUCACUCCACCUCAGUGGAUCGUUGAUCCCUCUUCUUAGGAGGUACCAGAUGUCUAACUGAUUCCUUUCGUUUGAUCGGGCCGAGCAACAGCUAGCGGUACUCUAGCUAGUAGAAUGACAAUAAACUUCAUUUGGGAUGUAUGCAUGGCCAAAUAUUGAUAUUAUUUGGCUUAGAUGAAAUUUAUUAAUCUGUAGUCUGGUUAAUUACUACUUGUUUAUUGUAAUUUGUAGCUAUUAUUGUAUGUGUCAUGUGUGAAAUAGUGUAUAAUUUGGAUUAGCUUUAAGCAUAAGUAGCCUCUUUAAUUUUCUUUAGCUAGAAGGAAUAAAAGAGGAAGAAAAUGCUAAGUCCAAUAUUUCCUUCUCAAUGAAAAUUAUAUAUGUUUGUUUAAUUC